UAUAUGCAGAUAGCCAGUUUUGCCUUGAGCAGUGUCAGCGGUGUGCUUUGCCUGGUGGCUGCUGCUUUCCUGGUGCUACACGUGGUGCUCUAUAUCGACCGGUACACGCUGUGCAGCGACGAUCCAGUGCGUCGCCAGUGCCUGUGCUACCUCGCCGAAGCAUCGACACGCUUCUACCGAUACGAACGAGUCACAUGCCUGCAGGUCAACAGCACCGUCAAGGGCCUGUUCUACACGAUGGCCACAGUGGCGGUGCUGGGUGGCGUGUGCAGCCUGUGGUACCUGACACUUUUGUGGAGCAGCAGAUACGUGUACUUCAACGCAGGACUACGCCGCACGUUAGGCGACCCGGGAGACCUGGUUGGCGAGCAGUAUUCCGCUUCCGACCACAAUGAUGCAGCACCAGAGCAGCUAACUGUGUCGUGAACUGCGGAACCGCUGCGUGUGAUCCUUCUUUGCUGUAUCAUGCAACUGUGCCAGGAGAGCUGUACCGCCGAAGAUGAGUUCAAUACAAGUUCAACAAACAUCAUGGCCUUUGCAAAACAUGACCACAGUUCAGCGUCAAAUUUUUUAGGCGAUUGCGUUAAAGAGCUCGUUUCGCAGAAAUUUUUAUGUCGACGUCAGCGUCCUCAGUUGUGUGCCAAUAACUGACGUUGUUGGUGAGCUUCAAUUUGAGGUAUACAUGCAUAUAGAUAACGUAUAAAACUGUUUCAAUCGAGUAGAAAUAACCCGGACCUUCUACCUGACAAAGAGGUGUCUACCGAAAACCAUCACAUAAGUACUUAGCACGAUAGCGUUUCACAGAUCGCUUGGCUUAAUUUUCGGUGUCACUGUCGGUUGUCGCCGUUAAUGACUGGGUGCGAAAAAUCAACGUUCUGCAUGAGCGAUAAGUCAAGAUAUGUGCCAAUAAAGAAAUAAUUUUCAGUUC